AUGAGUGUAAUAUUGCUGGUGCUGGACUACAUUUCAAGGUUACAGUCAGUUAGAUCUCUGAAGCGUACACAUUCCUAUCUUCUUGAUGUUUUAGAAGCAUCAGAACUGACCAUGUGUAAUAAAACAGGCGAUAACACAUUUCCAAAUAUUGCUGCACUCACACUCGGAAAGUUUGUUGAAGAGAUUCCCUAUAAUGAAUCCUAUAGACACGUACCAUUUGACAAGCAUAACUAUAUCUGGAAGCGAUUUUCUGCUAAAGGGUACAGAAGUCUUUACAAUGAGGACAGAAACGAAACCUUUGAUUACAUGAUGGCUGGAUUUCAUUCAUAUCCCUCAGACUAUUAUAAUCGACAUUUCUCCAUGGCUAUGCAAGAAGGGAAAUCUGUGUGGGAUAGGGAUAUGUUAUGUAUGAUGGAUCGAUUAGAAACUGGAAUGGUAUUGGACUAUGCAGCUAAAUUUGUUCGUUUGCAACAAAAUUUACCUUAUUUUGCUUUUUCAUUCGCAACGAAACUAACCCCUGACGAGUUUUAUUAUGCACAGUAUGCGGAUCUCCUAGUCUUAAAUUUCUUAAGAGAAUUACAUGAGGACCAGCUUUUGAACAACACUCUUCUUAUCGUUUUCAGUGAUCAUGGAAUUCGCACCGGAGACUAUCGUAAUACCUACGAAGGAAUGAUGGAAGAAAGACUGCCGAUGAUGUAUUUGGUUUUCCUCAAGUGGUGUAAACAAAAAUAUCCUUUAUAUUCGAAAAAUCUUGAAUUAAACACAAAACGUCUUACUACCCCAUUUGAUAUUUACGAAACAUUGAGAGACGUCUUGCACUUUGACGACAGGAUUCUCCAACGAAAGGGGUAUAAAAAUAGAGGGAUAAGUUUAUUUAGGGAGAUUCCAAAGGAGAGAACAUAUCAAGAUGCAGGAAUUGCACCACACUGGUGUACAUGCGUGGAACACACAGUUGUGAAUACAUCGGACAAUACUAUCAAUUUUUUGAGCGAUUUCCUUGUCCGAAGCUUUCACAGAAAGUUAAGUAAUGUUCAAGAUAAAUGUAAGGUCUUAGCCUUAGAAGAAAUUAGACAUGCAUCAAAAGUUCAAAUUUCUGAAAGUGUUCUUGAAAGCAGAAAGAGAAAAGUAAAACCCCAAGCGCAUUACAAAAUUAAAAUCGAAACAAAGCCAGGAGGUGCUUUAUUUGAGGCCACUAUAUUCUAUGAUGAAAGGUUUCAAAUUAGGAGGCUAGAUGGUGACAUAAGUAGAAUAAAUAAGUACGGUAGCCAGUCAUCGUGUAUCAGAGAAAACCAUGAAUUGCAGAAAUACUGUUUAUGUAAGAUGUAA